CCACUUCCUGCCCAGCUUUAAACUCGCGAUCCGCGGCUCGGCUAGAACUUUGUAAACACACCGCGCCUGCGGGGGCGGAGACUCAUUUUAUUUGGGCUCCAGAGCGAGUUCACGCCCCUCCCCGCUGCUGAAGGCUGCGACCCCACCCCUCAACUCCCCGAGACUGAAGCCGGAGGCUGCCGGGGAGCGCGUCUUCGGCCCCAAUAGAUGCUUCGGGGGGCUCACCUGCCAAGGAGGUAGGCUUGAAGGCUGGAGAAGCCAAGGAUUGAUGCUCCAACCAACUGAACCACCUGGCCAGAGCACGAUGUACAGCAAGCAUGUCAGACUCGCGGCCUGAAGGCCACAUGCGGCCCACAAUGAAUAUUUUUGCAGCCCAGCCAAUAUAACGGUGUGCGAGGAGCAGCGCUGUGAGGAGGAAGUCUUCCCCCUGGCCAUGAACUACCUGGAUCGUUACCUAUCCUGUGUCCCCACCCCCAAGGCGCAAUUUCAGCUCCUGGGUGCGGUCUGCAUGCUGCUAGCCUCCAAGCUGCGCGAGACGACUCCCCUGACCAUCGAAAAAUUGUGCAUCUACACCGACCACGCUGUCUCCCCCCGCCAGAUGCGGGACUGGGAGGUGCUGGUCCUGGGGAAGCUCAAGUGGGACCUGGCUGCUGUGAUUGCCCAUGACUUCCUGGCCCUGAUCCUGUACCGGCUCUCUCUGCCCAGUGACCGACAGGCCUUGGUCAAAAAGCACGCUCAGACGUUUUUGGCCCUCUGUGCUACAGAUUACACCUUUGCCAUGUACCCACCAUCCAUGAUCGCCACAGGCAGCAUUGGGGCUGCAGUGCAAGGCCUGGGUGCCUGGUCCGCAUCCGGAGAUGAGCUCACGGAGCUGCUGGCAGGGAUCACAGGCACUGAAGUGGACUGCCUGCGAGCUUGUCAGGAGCAGAUUGAAGCUGCACUCAGGGAGAGCCUCAGGGAAGCUGCCCAGUCGUCCCCCAGCCCAGCACCCAAAGCCCCCAGAGGCUCCAGCAGCCAGGGGCCCAGCCAGACCAGCACUCCCACAGAUGUCACAGCCAUCCAUCUGUAGCCCCUGGGAGAGGCCCCCUCCAGUGGCCACUGACAGCAGAGGAGGGGACACUGCCACCCUCCCUCCCUGCCUGCAGGAAUGACGUCACAUCUGCCACAACUUAAGUCUGGGGGGGCUCCUUCCUAUUUGCCCUUUGUUAAAGAGAAGGGGGCAGGUCCUACCUAUCCCUGCAGUGUGCACUAAGGGGCCCGGCCAGCCAUGUUUGGGUGGCUAGUCAGGCCCCUCCUCCCUGCCUCUGACCAGCUCAGCUCCUUCCCUGGCUGGGGGUGGGUCAGCUGGUCAGAGACAAAAUUGAAGUAGGUAAAAUACAUGUACCGGCAUUCCUUAUUGAGGCCCCCUAUCUCUGGGGCUCAUGUUCUCAACUGCCAAAAUGCCCUGGUGCCUUAUAAAGGUGCUGCACCUUCUAGAGUUACUGCAUUUGGAUUGGGGUCUUUCUGAAGCAAUUUCUGAUAUUCUGAGGGGACACACUCUGCACAGCUCUUCUCAACAGCCUUUGGAGAGCCCUGCAUAAUCCGUGCCCACAGCUGCUCCUAGAGGGAGGGGCCCAGGCCUCUGUCAGAGGUUCAAAGAAUCAACCAGUUCCUCCUUGCUUUGCUUUCUGCCCAGCUUCUCCUGUGUGAUUGAGGGGGGGUCAGUGCUGAAGGAAGAGGUUGUUUUAAUUUAUUAAUUGUGUUGAAUACAACUGUAAGAGGGUGUGGUGGGGUCCACCAACCCAAGUGGUGACCCUGGCGGUUGCUGCAUCCCUCCUCUGCUACUGGCUAGAGGAUCUUUGUGACCGAGGAGCUGCUACAGCCUGGGAGGGGCCAGGCCCUCCUCUCCCUUUGGCCCUCUGCCCCAUCCUUCAUCAGGGGAUGAAGCAGGGAUGACCUGGAGGUGACCAAACCCCCUGUCUGGAGACGCAAGCCCUGUUAGCACAGGUCUUUCCUAAGGCCACAAGGUCCAGUUGUUGGCCCAGGACCAUGCUACCUUAAUAAAGAUUCUGGAAUAAA